GACACAGAUUUCUGUGAAAGAUACUCCCAACUUGGGGUUCGAGUGAAAAAAAUCAAUCCAAACCCAACAUAUUUUUUUGACUCAUUUUGUGUUUUUCAGGAACUGGGUUAACUUUCAGAACCAUAAAUAAGACUGCUUCAUUUCAGGAGAAUCGUCAAUACUAUGGAUGUAAGUUUUCCCUUGGACAAGGCCAAGAAACAAAAGUUCAGAAAGAAACAGAAUGCUAAUAAGAGCAGAAAGGAAAUUGACAAUUUACCAGACCCAAUUCUUCAGCACAUUUUGUCAUACCUUUCAACCAAAAAUGCUAUCCAAACGAGCAUAUUAUCAAAAAGAUGGAAAUACCUAUGGACAUCCAUCCCCAAACUUGAUUUUGAUGAAGGGGCACUGGAUAGGAGGUUGAUGUUUAUGAAAUUUGUGGAAAGAGUGCUUGCACUUCAUGAUCCUUCAAAUAUAAAAAACUUCUCUCUGUCAUGUAAUGUGCAAUAUGAUACAUCUCACAUUAACUCGUGGAUUUGUUCUGUUGUGAAGCAUAAGGUUCAAGUGUUAAAUCUGUAUCUUAGAAACUUUCAGGAAUUGUUAGCAUUGUCGCCUUGCUUAUUUACUUGUGAAUCAUUAGAAGUAUUGACACUUCACAUGUUCCACUCUCUCAAGCUCCCUUCAAGUAUUUGCUUUUCUAGUCUCAAGAUAUUGACUCUUGGGAAAGUUAUAUUUUCUGAUGAUCAUUCAACCCAACAGCUCUUUACGGGUUGCCCAAUCCUGGAGAACUUAUCUAUAGUUGACUGCAUUUGGAAAAAUGUCAAGACUGUUUGUAUCUCUUCUCCAAUGCUUCAAAGGUUGUUCAUAAGUGAUAGAUACUUAUUCACUGAAAAGUAUGGUGAAAAUGAUGAUAAAGAUGACCUGAAUGCUGACGCAGAUGAUCAGAAUGAUUUUAAUGGUUGUCAAGUUGUGAUUUUUGGAACUAGUUUGAAAUCUUUUUCUUUUGAUGGUGAACUCAUAAAUGAUUAUUGCUUCUACAACUCAUCCUCAAUAGUUGAUGUGUCUAUUCAAGUCUUUGAAAGAAAUGAAGUAGAUUGUUACCAAGAUGCUCAUCGUGUUUAUAAGCUUCUUAGUGGGCUCAGUAGUGUGGAAAAGCUAACAGUAUCUAAUGGUACUGUUGAGGUUCUGAAUCAUGCAGAAGAGUUAUUUGCCCAUGUGCCUGUAUUUUACAAACUGACCAGACUCAGCUUGGAAAGUGUGGAAUCCUUGUUUACUUGUGGAGCAGUACAAACCAUACUCCAAAACUCUCCUUGUCUUGACUUUCUUGAUUUUCAAAUGGUGUUCUGCCUACCCAGAUAUGAUAAAAACUAUGAUUGGGUAUUGGAUAAAGUGCCUAAAUGUUUUGUGACACACCUCAAGACUAUUGAAAUUUCUGAAUUUCGCGGAGAUGAAAAAGAGAUGCAUGCAGUAAAGAUUUUUCUUGAAAGUGCAUCAGUUUUGGAGAGGAUUGUCAUUGUUUGUGAUGAUUAUCAUUUCAAAUCCAGGGGGGGCUUAAAGAAGCAAAAGGAAAUUUAUAAACAGAUACUGUUGUUCCCUAGAGGGUCAAUGAGCUGUGCAGUAGAUUUCUUUUUGGGUUUCAAUCAAAUACAGAUCACCGCUCUCAAGUUUCCAAAUUGCAGCUAAUUGACACAUGAAAAAU